CGUGAGGCGAGCCAGUUGAGCACCACCACCAGAUCCCUGAGCUCGAACCCCGAGCGCCGGCAGUUAACGCAGUGGCCUCGAAGCUGUAACAACAUCUCGCGUCCGCUCGAACCGCUCGAUCCGCUCCGCUCCGUCACGAGAAAAGCGAGAAGCGCUGAGAGUAUCUGCAGUGAAACGUGUUAUCGUGAUAAGGUUCUACGAGUAUUCCAUGCCAUAAGGUGUCGCACAUUAUUAUAUUGAAAUCGAAACGCAACAUUCGCCGUCGGCUGAGAAAGUGAACUGUUAUCGAAUGUGCUAAUCAAAAACGAAAAAUGUUGCAAGCGCCUGCAAAUUGAUUUCUAUCUCGGAUAUGCGAAUUUACACUGGUUAUUAAUAGAUCUGGUUUAAGAAUACGAUUAUAUAAGCAUCCUAUGCAGACGACGGCUUCCGUGGGACGCUUGACAAACUGAUCAAGUCGUCGUCGUUAUCACCUAUAUCUCCUCAUACUGGCUGCGAUCGGGCUCGAUUUCGAUUCCCAGGCUAAAGCUGGCGACAGAUUUUCGAGCAAGAUACUUGGAUUAACAACCGCCAAAAUUGUGGAGGCAAUUAAAAUGAAGACUGAGCUGCGUUCCUGCGCAGCGUGCGGGGAUCCCAUCUCGGAUCGGUUCUUCCUGGAGGUCGGCGGCUGCUCCUGGCACGCCCACUGCCUCCGCUGCUGCAUGUGCAUGUGCCCCCUGGAUCGCCAGCAGUCCUGCUUCAUCCGGGAGAGGCAGGUGUACUGCAAGGCCGACUACAGCAAAAAUUUCGGCGCCAAGUGCUCCAAGUGCUGUCGCGGCAUCUCCGCCUCGGAUUGGGUGCGUCGGGCACGGGAGCUGGUCUUCCACCUAGCCUGCUUCGCCUGCGACCAGUGUGGACGCCAGUUGUCCACCGGCGAGCAGUUCGCCCUCAUGGAUGACCGGGUGCUCUGCAAGGCUCAUUAUCUGGAGACGGUCGAGGGUGGCACCACAUCGAGCGACGAGGGCUGUGAUGGCGAUGGUUAUCACAAGAGCAAGACGAAACGGGUGCGCACCACCUUCACCGAGGAGCAGUUGCAAGUGCUGCAGGCCAACUUCCAGAUUGACAGUAAUCCGGAUGGCCAGGAUCUGGAGCGGAUCGCCUCGGUGACCGGUCUCAGCAAGCGUGUGACGCAAGUGUGGUUCCAGAACUCGCGGGCGCGUCAGAAAAAACACAUACAUGCUGGUAAGAAUAAAAUACGCGAACCGGAAGGAAGCUCAUUUGCGCGUCAUAUUAACCUGCAGUUAACGUAUUCAUUUCAGAAUAACGCACAGAACCCAAUGCAUUUGAACGGCUCUAAAGCGGGUCUAUACCCGACUCAUGAAUCCUCUAUGGAUGAAUUGUCGCAGGACUCCAGUGUGCACUGUAUGCCCAGCGAGGUGUGACUGGAGCAAUCCUCGCCAGCUCGAGCACAUCGCUAGCUGACUGGCCACCCACAAAACGUCCUUUCCUAGUCAAAAUUUAUGUAAUGCGUCCACACGAAAGCAGUUUCGCAAUAAUCACACAAUUCAAUCCGGAG